UGUGGCUGUGGGUCCCGGAGCGGGGCUGGGCGGCCCACGCGGGUCGCCAGACGCCGGGGCCGAAGGAACACAACAGCAUGAGGCGGAGGUUAACGUGACAGUGUCAGGUGGAUCCACGGCCAUCCCACAGCCCUCUCUGGAGGUUGCUGAGGGUGGGCAGCAUGGAGGAGAGGAAGCAUGAGACAAUGAACCAAGCUCAUGUCCUCUUUGACCGGUUUGUCCAGGCCACCACCUGCAAAGGAACUCUCAAGGCUUUCCAAGACCUCUGUGACUACCUGGAACUGAAACCUAAGGACUACCGCUCCUUCUAUCACAAGCUCAAGUCCAAGCUCAACUACUGGAAAGCCAAAGCCCUCUGGGCAAAGUUGGACAAACGGGGCAGUCACAAAGACUACAAAAAGGGAAAAGCAUGUACUAACACCAAGUGUCUCAUCAUUGGAGCUGGGCCCUGUGGUCUCCGCACAGCCAUUGAUUUAUCCUUACUGGGAGCCAAGGUGGUCGUUAUUGAGAAACGAGAUGCUUUCUCCCGCAACAAUGUCUUGCAUCUCUGGCCAUUUACCAUACAUGAUCUGCGAGGUCUGGGUGCCAAGAAGUUCUAUGGCAAGUUUUGUGCUGGAGCCAUCGACCAUAUUAGUAUCCGUCAGCUCCAACUGAUACUGUUGAAAGUAGCCUUGAUCCUAGGCAUCGAAAUUCAUGUCAAUGUAGAGUUCCAGGGACUUGUACAGCCUCCGGAAGACCAAGAGAAUGAACGGAUAGGUUGGCGGGCACUGGUGCAUCCCAAAACUCAUCCCGUGUCAGAGUACGAAUUUGAAGUAAUCAUCGGUGGGGAUGGCCGAAGGAAUACCUUGGAAGGAUUUCGGCGGAAAGAAUUUCGUGGCAAACUGGCCAUUGCUAUCACAGCAAAUUUUAUUAACCGAAAUACAACAGCGGAAGCCAAAGUGGAAGAGAUCAGUGGUGUGGCUUUUAUAUUCAACCAAAAAUUUUUCCAGGAACUGAGGGAAGCCACAGGUAUUGAUUUGGAGAACAUCGUCUACUACAAAGAUGACACCCAUUAUUUUGUUAUGACAGCCAAAAAGCAGAGUUUACUGGACAAAGGGGUGAUACUGCAUGACUACGCUGACACAGAGCUCUUGCUAUCCCGAGAGAAUGUGGACCAAGAGGCUCUACUCAGCUAUGCCAGGGAGGCAGCAGACUUCUCUACCCAGCAGCAGCUGCCGUCUCUGGACUUUGCCAUCAAUCACUAUGGGCAGCCGGACGUGGCCAUGUUUGACUUCACUUGUAUGUAUGCCUCCGAGAAUGCCGCCCUGGUGCGGGAGCAGAACGGACAUCAGUUAUUAGUAGCUCUGGUUGGUGACAGCCUCCUAGAGCCUUUCUGGCCAAUGGGAACAGGAAUAGCCCGGGGCUUUCUAGCUGCUAUGGACUCUGCCUGGAUGGUACGAAGUUGGUCACUAGGAACAAGCCCCUUGGAAGUCCUAGCAGAGAGGGAAAGUAUUUAUAGGUUGCUGCCUCAGACCACCCCUGAGAAUGUGAGUAAAAACUUCAGCCAGUACAGCAUCGACCCCGUCACUAGGUAUCCCAAUAUCAACGUCAACUUCCUUCGACCAAGCCAGGUGCGCCAUUUAUAUGAUACUGGAGAAACAAAAGAUAUUCAUCUGGAAAUGGAGAACCUGGUGAAUUCCCGAACUACCCCAAAGCUGACUCGAAAUGAGUCUGUAGCUCGUUCCAGCAAACUACUGGGUUGGUGCCAGAGGCAGACAGACGGCUACACAGGGGUAAAUGUGACAGAUCUCACGAUGUCUUGGAAAAGUGGCUUGGCCCUUUGUGCAAUUAUCCACAGAUACCGCCCUGAUCUGAUAGAUUUUGAUUCUUUGGAUGAGCAAAAUGUGGAGAAGAAUAACCAACUGGCCUUUGAUAUUGCUGAGAAGGAACUGGGCAUUUCUCCCAUCAUGACAGGCAAAGAAAUGGCCUCCGUAGGGGAGCCCGACAAGCUGUCCAUGGUGAUGUACCUGACUCAGUUUUACGAGAUGUUCAAGGACUCACUCACCUCCAGUGACACCUUGGACCUGAAUGCAGAGGAGAAAGCAGUCCUGAUAGCCAGUACCAAAUCCCCCAUCUCUUUCCUAAGCAAACUUGGACAGACCAUCUCUCGGAAACGUUCUCCCAAGGAUAAAAAGGAGAAGGACUUGGAUGGUGCUGGAAAGAGGAGAAAGACCAGUCAAUCAGAGGAGGAGGAAGCUCCCCGGGGCCACAGAGGAGAAAGACCAACACUCGUGAGCACUCUGACGGAUAGAAGGAUGGAUGUUUCUGUUGGGAACCAGAACAAAGUGAAGUAUAUGGCAACCCAGCUGCUGGCCAAAUUUGAAGAGAAUGCGCCUGCACAGUCCACCAGCAUACGGAGACAGCCGACACAAGUGCGUGGGGCCAGCCUGCCGUCCUGCAGCCUGCGUGAGCAGGGUCGCCCUGCUCCCACCCCUCAGUGGAAACAGGGCUCCAUGAAGAAAGAGUUCCCGCAGAACUUGGGAGGCAGCGACACAUGCUAUUUCUGCCAGAAGCGGGUCUACGUGAUGGAAAGGCUGAGUGCUGAGGGCAAGUUCUUCCACCGGAGUUGCUUCAAAUGCGAGUACUGUGCCACCACCCUGCGCCUCUCAGCCUAUGCCUAUGACAUCGAGGACGGUAAAUUCUACUGUAAACCACACUACUGUUAUCGGCUCUCUGGCUCUGCACAAAGGAAAAGACCAGCAGUGGCUCCUCUGUCUGGAAAGGAGGCCAAAGGACCCCUGCAGGAUGGCCCCACUGCAGAUGCAAAUGGACGGGCCAGCAUUGUGGCCAGCUCGGCUGAGAGAACCCCAGGUUCGAGUGUGAAUGGCCUGGAGGAGCCCAGCAUCGCCAAGAGGCUGCGGGGCACGCCUGAGAGGAUCGAGCUGGAGAACUACCGCCUGUCCGUGAAGCAGGCAGAGGAGCUGGAGGAGGUGCCUGAGGAGACGCAGGCAGAGCACAACCUGAGCAGUGUGCUGGACAAGGGCACCGAGGAAGACGUCGUCAGUAGCAGUUCCGAGUCUGACAUGGAGGAGGAGGAGGAGGAGGAAGAGGAGGAGGAGCCACAGCUGCCUCCCUCUGAUCUGGGUGGCGUCCCUUGGAAGGAGGCUGUGAGGAUCCAUGCUCUUCUGAAAGGGAAGAGCGAAGAGGAGCUUGAGGCCUCCAAGAGCUUUGGGCUUGGGAACGAAGAGGAGGAGGAAGAGGAGUAUGAAGAAGAAGAGGAGGAAGAAUAUGACGAGGAGGAGGAAGAGUCCAGUGAAGUCCCAUUGGAUGAGAAUUACCUGGAGGAAGAUGUGGACUCGGAGCCGGCAGAGAUAGAAGGGGAGGCAGCAGAGGAUGGGGACCCAGGGGACACUGGUGCUGAGCUGGAUGAUGAUCAGCACUGGUCUGAUGACAUCCCAUCAGAUGCCGAGACAGAACUCCGCUUGCAGCGCCAGGCUGAGGUGGAGGCAGAGCUGGAGCUGAGGGUGUCAGAAGAUGAGGAGGAGAAACUACCUGCCUUGCCAAAGCAACAAGAGAGAGAUCCCUCCCAAGCUUCCGGCCCCAUCCGACCCCCUCAAGAACAAGCCGUUCUGCUCACUCCAGUGCACAGCCCUCUGGCAGAGGGGCCCCAGAUCCCACUUGCUACCAAGGUGAAGUCACCUGAGGAGCGCUUUUUCCCUGAACCUUUGCUCCCCAAAGAGAAACCCAGAGCUGAAGUCCCCACUGAUCCUAAUGCUGUGUACUCUCCUAUCCGGUCUCAGCCAGUGGCUCUGCCAGAAACCAGGACCCCAGCCUCACCCAGGAGUCCACCACCUCUGUCUCCAUCGGCCACCUCUGCACCCCCCUCCACACUGCUCCCCAUCUGCUCCCAGCCUCAGCCAUCCUCUGAGGCCACCAUCCCAUCCCCCACUUUGUCCCCCAUACGCUUUCAGCCUAUUCCAGCCAAAACAUCCACUCCCCUUACCCCGCUUCCUGUCAAAAGCCAAGCUGACUCCAGGGACAAAUUGGGCAGCCCUCUCCCUGUGGACGAGGCCCUCAAACGGAAUGACCUCGUGGAAGAGUUCUGGAUGAAAAGCGCUGAGAUCCGCCGCAGCCUCGGGCUCAUGCCUGUGGAUCGCAGCAAGGGUCCUGAGCCCAGCUUCUCCUCACCUGCCCUCAAGCCAGUCGCCCUGAAGGCCUAUUCAGUUGAAAAGUCCCCUCAGGAUGAGGGGCUCCAUCUUCUAAAACCUCCGUCUGUUCCUCAAAGGCUGGGCCUGCCAAAGUCAGAGGGCGACCAGCCCUCCCUGCCAACUCCCAAAUCACCAUCUGAUCGAGAGCUGAGAAGCUCCCAGGAGGAGCGCAGGGACCUGUCCAGCAGCUCCGGUCUGGGCCUUCAUGGUAGCUCCUCCAACAUGAAGACCCUGGGGAGCCAGAGCUUCAACACCUCGGACUCUGCCAUGCUCACCCCACCCUCCAGCCCACCACCGCCCCCACCUCCGGGCGAGGAGCCCGCCACUCUGCGGAGGAGGCCCUGUGAGCACAAGGAAACCCAGCCUAAGGCCUCCGUGGCCCUGCCACCCCCACCUGCCACAUUUAUGCGACCCCCCCGAGAGCCUGCCCAGCCCCCCCGGGAUGAGGUGCGGAAGUCAUUUGUGGAGAGCGUAGAUGAGAUCCCCUUUGCAGAUGAUGUGGAAGACACGUAUGACGACAAGACCGAGGACUCGAGUAUACAGGAGAAGUUCUUCACACCCCCCUCCUGCUGGUUGCGCCCUGAGAAGCCCCUCCACUUGCCUCCAGCCAAGGAGAAUGGGAGGCUGCCUGCCCUGGAGGGUGCUGCCCAGCUACAGAAGAGGGCACUGCCCUUGGUCUCUCCAGAGGCCAAAGAAUUGGCUGAGGAGCGCAUGCGAGCCAGGGAGAAGUCUGUGAAGAGCCAGGCACUGCGGGACGCCAUGGCCAAGCAGCUGAGCAGGAUGCAGGAAGUACAGGUGGCAGCCGGGGCCCCCAGGUCCCGAAAGACAGCCUCAGCGUCCUCCCAGGGCAAGGACCGUGGGGCCGAGUCUCCUGGACGUCCCAUCCUCAAAGGCUCUGAGGAGCCCACCCUGAAGCAUGGAGCACUCAGUGAGGAGGCCCUCUCCCCACCGUCAGACUCAGGAGGCCCAGAUGGUUCUGUCACUUCAUCUGAGGGCUCCAGUGGGAAGAGCAAGAAGAGGUCAUCACUCUUCUCCCCUCGCAGAAACAAGAAAGAGAAGAAGCCCAAAGGUGAGGGCCGGCCCCUGGAGAAACCCAGCCCCAGCCUCCUGGAGGAAGCAGCCUCCAAGCCCAAGUCCUUGUGGAAGUCGGUCUUCUCCGGGUAUAAGAAGGACAAAAAGAAAAAGGCUGAUGACAAAUCCUGCCCCAGCACCCCUUCCAGUGGCGCCACAGUGGACUCUGGCAAGCAUAGGAUGCCUCCCGUCAUGCGGACAGAGCUGCAGCUCCGGCGCCAGCUGAGUUUCUCAGAGGACUCAGAUCUUUCCAGUGAUGACAUCCUUGAGAGGGCCUCACAGAAGUCCAAGCGAGAGUCGAUUUAUGUACCACACGCCUUGGCAUUCAGGAGAUCAUAUGCAUCAAAGCCAAGAACCUACACAGAGGAGGAACUGAAUGCCAAGCUGACCCGGCGUGUGCAAAAGGCAGCUCGGAGACAGGCCAAGCAAGAGGAGCUUAAGCGGCUGCACCGAGCCCAGAUCAUCCAGCGGCAGCUGGAACAGGUGGAAGAAAGACAGCGGCAGCUGGAGGAGAGAGGGGUUGCUGUGGAGAAGGCGCUCCGGGGCGAAGCAGGCAUGGGCAAGAAGGAUGACCCCAAGCUGAUGCAGGAGUGGUUCAGGCUGGUGCAAGAAAAGAAUGCCAUGGUGCGCUACGAGUCAGAGCUGAUGAUCUUUGCCCGGGAGCUGGAGCUGGAAGACCGGCAGAGCCGCCUGCAGCAGGAGCUCCGGGAGCGGAUGGCAGUAGAAGAUCAUCUGAAGACUGAGGAGGAGUUGUCAGAGGAGAAGAAGAUCCUCAACGAGAUGCUGGAGGUGGUGGAACAGAGAGACUCCCUAGUGGCCCUGCUGGAGGAGCAGCGGCUUCGGGAGAAAGAGGAGGACAAGGACCUAGAGGCUGCCAUGCUUUCCAAGGGCUUCAGCCUGAACUGGUCCUGAGCUCCCACCCACACUUACUGUUGGUACCGUUGGUCUGUAGACAUCCAUCUGACCUGGCUGUGGUCUCCAAACCACAGGAUCCGAGACCUGACAAGCCCUGGCACCUCCGUGGAGUUCACACUCAGAUACCCAUGUGCCUCUAGAAAAGUGGGGUCAAGUCUCAUGUGCUGCGGGGAACCUGAGGUGAUGAGGAUCAUCCAAGGUGACCCUGCCCCCUCUGAAGGGGCCCACCUGGACUUCCGCUCAGGAGUGAGGAGCCUGGCACAGAUGACAGAGAAUGUGAAGGACCCCGCAUACUCCCAGGGACCACGGGCUGGUGCCCCUUCCACAUUUGGUAAGAAAAGGAAGCUGUUCCCUGUCUGUCAGAAUCACAGCCACCACAGAGCACACCUCCACGGAGAAGGAGGGCAGCUUUCUUCUUCAUGCUCCCUGAAGCACCACCAAAGAAAUGAAAAGUGCACCACACAACAGCAAGAUGUGAAUCGAGACCUGGGAGAAGGGGUGGUGGCCAUUCAGGGCAGUGUCCACCAGCAUUGCACGGGACGCCUAGGAGUGGAUAGGCUCCAGAACUUAUUAUGCAAGUGAAGAGUUGGUAGAAAGGGUCUGCUCUCUGCCCCAACCCACACACUGGACCCCACGUGGCCAAACACCCCAGGCCUCUGUCUGACCUUGGCCUGAGGCCUGGAGUUGCUGCAUUUUGCUUUUAGUUCACAACCAUUUUGACACUGGAAAAUACUGACUUGGGGGACCAGGUGAAGCCCUGGAUUUCAAGCCCCCAGUUACAGACAGGCGUUGUCAUAGGUCAGCGCUGUAUGUCAGGAAAGGGAAUGACCUUUUUCCUUGGCAUUUUUCCUGUGUUUGCACAUUGAAAGGAAGCUGAUGACCUGGGAAGACGCUCAGCUGCUUCAGACCCUUUUUGUCAAUUAACUUAUUUUUUUAAUACUUGAAGCAACUUCAUUUUUAUAUCUGUAUUAGAGACACACUGAUCACCUGGCACCUGGGUGGGAAUGACAGCAAGGCCUCUGCUGCAUCCCGCACAGCCUGGUCCAGAACUGCCCAAAUGACCAGAUGUUUGUC